UUUCCUUCAGAUUCUCCUCACCGCACAUCUCCUCUCCUCGCACCACCGGCCACAUGCAUAGGAAUAAUCCAGGCAGAUUCGGCUCGUGAUUGCAUGUAUGCGAUGACGACGCCGUGCCCGGGCGCCGCGGCCGUAAGCACCAGCUGGACGGCGCGCUCCCUGGCGGGGGCGUUUCUCGACCUCACGCUCGCCUGGGCCUGCCUCUACGUCGCUGCGCUCGCCGCCGCUGCCGCGCGCCUCCUCGCGCUCCUCGGCCUCCCGCUCCCGUGCACCUGCGCGCGCCCGCACCUGCCCUGCCUCCUCUCCUUCCUGGCGCGCUACCCGUCCCUCGCCGCCGGAUCCCUCCACGCCGCCCUCCGCGCCCGCUUCCCAUUCGUCGGCCCCACCGAGGACGAGGACCACCGUCAGGAGGGGGCCGAGGAGGAGGGGGAGGAGCAGGCCGUCGAUGCGCGGAAGGAGGAACGGGACCUUCGUCACCGCGAGGAGGCGCGCACCGAGCUACGGCGGGAGCUGGAGAAAGAGCGCAGCGCCGCGGCGUCGGCGACCGAGGAGGCCAUGUCCAUGAUCCUGCGCCUGCAGAAGGAGAAGUCGGCGCUUGAGAUCGAGGUGCGACAGCAGCGCCGCACCGCUGACGAGCGCCGCGCCUUCUACGAGGCAGAGGUCGAUGAGCUCCGCGACAUCGUGCUCGUGAGGGACCGCGAGGCGCGUGUGCUGCGCAAGGAGGUGGACGCGUACCGACGCCUGCUCGGGCUUGGUGCUGCCGAGGAUGAUGAGGAGGAGGACGACGACGAGCAGGAGAUGGUCACGCCACAUAGUUUCCUCGUGUCCGAAGGAGAGCCCAGCUCAUCCAAAUCGAUCGACGCGAAUCGGAUGCAACAUUUCGGGAUCAAUCCUGGGUUCAGCUUCAACAAGCCAUCACCGCGUGGGCAAUCGACGGCGCCGCCUCUUACUACUGCUGGUCAAAUCAGUGUGGGAAGCAAUGAUAGCGUUGCUGUUCAGACGCCGGCCAAAGGUCCCGCGGCUCAAUCAAGGCUGGAGCUAGACAACUCUGAGGACGAGGACGAUGGAGCAGGGACGGUGGAAAUCCUGCCCCUGUCCGCCCGGAGCCAGGAUUUCGAUCAAGGUGGGCAUUUCCAUGCUGAUGCUUCACCAGCGCUGUCCCCGCUGGUCCCUCGACGAACAUUGACACUGUCCCCGCUGAUCCUUCGACGAACAUUGACGCCGUCCCCGUUGAUCCCUCGACGAACAUUGACGUGACUUCAAUAGACGAGGAUCCUUCGACAGGCGUCGUCGUGGCACCGCCACCGAGACCUGCAUCCUUGUUGCUGUCCAAUGCGACGGACUGCCAUGGUUCGACGACAUACUGACGUCUGACCAUGUUGUCCCAUGCGCCUCCAACGACGCUAGUUACUGCAUGAAGUUAACUUCGAUCAUGGUACAUGACACUGAUCUAGCUUUUGGCUCUACCAUAUGCUGUGCACAACUUGAACAGGAUCCAACUAUUAGGGUUAAACAUUAGUUUAUUUCUUUAAACAACGUACACAUUAGGGUUUAAACAUUAGUUUGUGUUUUUGUCAAUAGUGUAUCAGAUAUUAGGCUAUUUUUUCUAUACUGUCGUCGUUAGCCGCAUAAGUAUUAUACCGAUUGUAUUUGUUUUAGGUCUAAUUUGGAGUUCCUAGAACAUGCAUGUCUUACACAUCGAUUGGAUAUUUCAUAGAUAAUUGAGAUACAUGACGACGAAGGAAUGAUUAAAACA